AUGGCGACCAUGAAGGCCACGAAAAAGCUGCUACCAUAUGAUAAUAAAAUUAUCGAAUGUACAUUCGAGAACGGCCAAUGGGUCUUCAUGCGGGAACGAACAGAUAAAUCGUUGCCAAAUUCGUUGAAAACUGCACAGGCCGUGUUCAACAGCAUGAUACAUCCAAUCGAUAAGAACAUGCUGAUAGAGUAA